CUCAUUCCCAAACUCAGGGACAAUUUUCCAGCGCAUACCUGUUGCAUCACUGCCUUUUGACACUUUUGGCCUCAUUCGUUGUCAAGACUUUAGAGCGGAUUGUGCACUGCUUGCGGAUAUUGCUGCACGAUAAGAUGCUCUAAAUAGCUGCUGGAGCAUAAAUCUAACAGCAACAACAGCAACAAUAAUACAACGGCCAUGCAGGAUAUACGCCUACGACUCGAGCCGCAACACAAUACAGCUACAUUUUCAUCAUCAGCAGCAACGACAGCAACAACAGCGGAGACAACCCUCAUAGAAACGGCCGAUUUGACAAUAGGGGCAACAACAGGAACAGCCACAGCAACAGCAACAGCAACAACAACCAUAUCACCCAAUCGCCGGCCGUUGCAAUUGCUCUCAGAGCUAAAUUUCAGCGAACAAUUGCCAGCCGGAGCAGCUACAACAACAACAACGGCUACAAUAACCACCGCACAGCAACAUCAUCAUCAUUAUUAUCAUCAGCAUCCAACGAGACACCCGCAUACGCAUUCGCAUCCACAUCUCCAUCCACACCCUCAUCAGCCCACAAAGGGGGCGCAGAGGCAUGUGGAACAGCUGCAGCUGCACACCAGCAACUAUCAUGCCGCAUUCAACCAGCAACAGCAACAACUACAGUUACAACAACAUCAACAACAUCAGCUGCCACGCUCGCCCAGCUCUGAGGAGGAUAAUUCACCAACAGAAAUGAAUAAUUGUCGUCGUUUGGUUGAUAAACCGCCUUUGGUAAAACGUUUGACCAUGGGUAUUGGUCUGUUACGCGCCGCCGAAGACAGUCGUCCAUUGGUGCACAAUACAUGCUCCUCAUCCCUGAACUCGGGCUCAUCACAAACCAUAUCAGAUGGCUAUGUGAACGAGGCCAUCUGUGAGCCGGACAAGUAUGUGGCAAGCAAAUUUGGUGACUCGUGUCGUCAAUCGCUGACAGCACUGGAAACGGCCACCCAAAGACUGCAGACAGAGCUGCCCAACAACAAGAAGUACCUGCGCGAAACGUGCAGCGCCAACUCCAGUCCCAAGUUGUUUGCGCCCAGCGCACCACUGCGUCUGGACAACCUCAGUCUGGCCGAGCAGCAGGAGUUGAAGGGGGCCGCCUGGUUUCAGGCGGGCAUACCACGCGAGAUCUCAUUGGAGGUGCUGUCGCGACAGAGUCCGGGCGCAUUUCUGGUGCGGCAGAGCAGCACCAAACCAGGCUGUUUUGCGCUCUCACUCCGUGUACCACCACCAGCGCCACGCGUGGCUCAUUAUCUGAUAUUGCGCACGCAGCGAGGCUACAAAAUCAAGGGCUUUACGAAGGAGUUCAGUUCACUGCGGGCUCUUAUCACACACCACUCGGUGAUGCCGGAACUGCUGCCAGUCCCAUUGACACUUCCAAGGCCGGCACACAAUGGCGCUGCUUAUGGAAAUGGCGCCGCACUGCGUCAUGCGGAUGCAGACUUUGAAAUGUAUGGAUCGUUGAAUGAUUUUCGGAAAAUGAUGGCCGAUUUGAAUGUGUGAAUGAAGGUGGCACAUGGGGCACAAAGCAAGCCAAAACAUUGGCAACACUUAAUUAAUUAAGUAAUUAUGUCAUGUUGAUUGAAUUAAAGUGUCUGCCGAAUAAUGUCUGAUUGGUAUAGUGUCUGGACGCAGACACAAAACACACACACACACACACAACCAAUAGGAACAAAUACGACGACGCGUCGACGAGUCUGUCUCGACAGGAUAACAAUCAGUUUAAUUUGCGUAAUUGGCUGUGCUGACGGUUGACGUCGCUACCAACACACACACAUACACCCACAUAUUCACAUGUAAAGAGCAAGCACCUGGCAAAAAUGAAAAUAUUC